AUGGAAGCUUCAUACUCCUCUAACCCACUGGUUCGGAAGGCACUCCAAAUGGCAAGGCUAUUCAUGACCACCCGAUGCAUGGCAAAAACUCGCAUCUUUGCACCAACAGCGGAUGUUGCGUCUGGAAGGCUCGUGAUGUUCUUUGUCUUAGUCCGCUGCGUGAGGCGACUAGCCGAGAUGUCUUGGGCAUUAUGCUUUUUGCUGUACGAAUCCUUGCGUCACAAGGAUAUGGGGGAUUACGAGCCUAAGACAAACAAAGAUCUCGAUCCUGUUUGGGUCGCUACGGCACUCUACAUUCGGACUGCGAACGGCUUAAACGCUCUGCGAGACAACCCAGCCAUUGAGAAGAUUCUUGGUCCUGGGUGUCAGAUAGACGUGAUUUGCCAGGUCAUUGGAAACAUUUUGGAUCACACCUUUCCCCGGCAGAAAUACAUAAGCACGUCUCGUAUCAGGGGGACUUUUGAAGCGGCAAUCCCCGAACUGUCGUCUCCGUCCCCGUCUUUCGAUAUAGUCUUCUUGCAGGGACCAUCUGACAGGCAAUGGUCUUGUCUUCCCCCAGAAUCAUGCUAUCUGAUGACUACAUUCUUAAGUGCUGGGUUUCCUCCGUCUGAUUCGCCACUUCCUCGGUCCUCAGAAGUUGUUGAGGCACUGAUUGCCAUCAGUGCCUCGCCUGCGGCACCUAUAGGCACGACACAAGACGCCGAGAACGAUUCAUCUUUUGUAAACUUGGAUUCGACCAUUUCAUUCGGUAUGCUCCAGGAUGCUGAUGAAAUCCUUGGUGCUGAUACACUUUGGCGUUCAGGCUCCUUGGAAACCUUUGGAAGUACAGACUCAACUGAGACCCUACCUGAAUUGCCCGAUACUGUACCAGGGGACUGGGCUCUGACUGAUCCGAGCAUAGCCUUGAAUCUCGACAUCUUUGAUACCAUAUCUGGUAACAGUUCCUAUUGCAGCUGUUGCAGUUACUGCUGUGAUCAUGAUGCGGACGCUGAUGGGUGUUGCUGUAUCACUGAAUGUUCUCCUGGCAAGUGUUAUUGCCCAUACGGUCGAAGCCCAUGUUAA